AUGAAGCACAAGACGCAGAGUUCUCUGCUGCAUUUCUUCAGCCCUCCAUCGUCAGAAACUGCAUCGGACACGAAGAAAAAGCACACGUCUACUGGAUCCAGCAAAAACGGCAGCUCCAAGACAAAAAUAGCCGAUACGCAGACAAAGCGCGAAUCGCUAGGCACUACACGCAAGAAGAUCGAGUUUUCACCUAAAGUGAAGCAAAAGACGGUGAACAAGGGCAAAGAAAAUGGCAGUAAUAAUAUGGAGAGGAAGUACAUGGAAGAGGCAUCGGCUGGAGGUGUUAAGCGCAAGGCCUAUGAGGAUUUUCUUGGCACAAGCUCAGAGGAGGAGGAAGAAGAGGAGGAUCUUGUGAAGAGGAGCAACGAGAAGGACAGAGAGCCGAUUAAGAACUACAAUAGGAAAAUUGUGAUUCGAGAUGAUGAUGACUCUGACGAGGAGGAGGCUGUGGUUCCACCUUCACGUCGUCGGAAGGGGAAGAAAACCACGCAUAAUGUUGUGAGCAGUGAUGAGGAGCAGGACAGUCCGGAGGAAGGAGAUGAUGGAGACGAGUCGGAAUUUAGUGGUGCAGAGAAUGAACCUUCCGAUGAUGACGUUAUGGAUGAUUUUGUAGACGAAGAGUCAGAGGAAGACGCCCCACCACUAAAGAAACGACGAAGGAGUGCUCCUGCAUCAAGCAACUUGAAAAAAGUGGCGGUCAAGUCCUUUUUGUCUCCUUCACCUUCUGUUAAGAAAAAAUGGGAUGAGACUGUUGUGUCAAGCAGCAAGAAAGCUGCUGAUGGCCCUGUGUUGCCUAGUGCCGUGGCAGGUACUGGCAAUCAUAUCCAUGAUUCCCUUCCUUGGUUGCACGAGAAACGACGUGACAUUAAUGGCAACACACCCGACUCUCUGGACUAUGAUCCUCGCACUUUAAUGGUGCCACCAGAGUUUUUGAAGAAGGAAACUCCGGCCAUGGUGCAAUGGUGGGAAGUGAAAGCGCACAAUAUGGAUACAGUGCUAUUUUUCAAGGUUGGCAAGUUCUACGAGUUGUUCCACAUGGAUGCAGAUGUUGGCUUUAAGGAGCUGAAUCUUAUCUACAUGAAAGGUGAUAAGGCACACUCUGGUUUCCCAGAGAUCGCCUAUUCGAAAAUGUCGUCCCAAUUGGUUGCAAAGGGCUAUCGCGUUGCUCGAGUUGAACAAACCGAAACCCCUGACAUGAUGAAGGUCCGUAACAGCACUUCCGCGACGAAGGCAAAGGUUGUUCGCCGUGAAGUGUGCUCUCUAUUGUCCAUUGGUACCAAUACUGUCAGCUUCUUGGACGCCCCAAUUUCAUCUCAGGACGAGGUAUCGAAGCACCUUCUUGCGCUCAAAGAAUCUUUCGACCUUGCGCGAAAAACUGUGCGCUUCGGUGUUUGCAUGAUAGAUUGCUCUACCGGCGCCUUUCAGCUAUCCGAGUUUGACGAUACGGAGCAGCGCGACCGUCUCAAGACCCUUUUCGCCCAAUUUCAUAUCGUAGAAAUCGUGACCGAGCGAUUUAACGUCUCGGAAGAUACUAGGAUGGUCCUAAAGCACGCCGCACCUGCUGCAAUUCGGUCAUCAUUGCGAGUGGGAAAGGAGUUCUGGGAUGCAUCGAAAACAAUCGACGAAAUCGAACGCGCAGGGUAUUUUAAGGAACAUGGGUGGCCAGAAGAUGUUCUGUGCUUUCUUGAAAUGGACAAAGUAGUAAAGCCAGACGGUCAACUUGCAAUCAGUGCUCUGGGUGGCUGCAUCUGGCAUCUGCGACGAAGCAUCAUUGACCAAGAGCUACUCUCACUUUGCAAUUUUAAGAGGUACAAGCCGUCAGACGAGGAAGCACGGGAUGCGCGCGCAAACAGCUCAGCUAUAUCCGCUGCUAAGGGUGAGCUGAACCAGCAAUAUGUCGUACUGGAUUCGCAAACUAUUCAUAAUUUGGAGGUGCUGUCCAAUAGCUACAACGGUUCGCGCUCGGGAUCACUUAUCGACAUCAUGGACAAGACCGUGACAAGCUUUGGUCGUCGUAUGUUCCAGGAGUGGGUACUAAAACCAUUGUGCAAGACACGCGAUAUUCAAGAGCGACUUGAUGCUGUUGAAGAACUGGGUAACAAUGGUGACUUGAUGAUGGAGAUCCGCGAAUUUCUUCGUAGACUGCCCGAUCUGGAACGUAUGCUGUCUCGCAUACACGCACUUGGAUCCGCGCAUCGCUCGGAGGAACACCCAGACAGCCGAGCAAUUAUGUACGAGUCGCAACAAUACAACGUUCGCAAAAUUAAGGAUUUCCUGUCCGUGCUAAACGGAUUCGACACGGCAAUGAAUCUUACUCUCGAGUUGGGUCCACGGCUUUCGCAAUCCAUCUCGCCUAUUCUCCAGGUACUAUUGAAGAGGCACUCUAUCGAAGAUGGUGGUCACUCGGGCGCUACACAUGGGCACUUUCCCGACCUCACAAAGAAGCUAGAGUAUCUCAAGCGUAGCUUUGACCAAGCUGCGGCAAGAAAGAGCGGUGUGAUUGUACCUCAAACUGGUGUCGACUUGGAGUUCGAUGCAGCUUGUGUUGAAAUUGCACAGGUUGAAGCUGAGCUGGCAGAGUAUCUAUGCGAGCAGCGCAUCGCGCUGCGGUGUCGAGAGAUUUCUUUCUGGGGCAAGAAAAAAGAGGAUCGCUAUCAGUUGGAGGUUCCUGAAAGUGCACUUUCAAAGCAGCCGAAAGAAUAUGAGCUCAAGUCUCGCAAGAAAGGAUACAAGCGCUUCCACACGCCCACGAUUCGCAAUUUACUCAAACGGCUAUCUACGGCAGAAGGCCAGAAGGAGGAGGCACUGAAGGAUCAGACACGUCGUAUUUUUCACAAGUUUGAUGUGGAUUACAAGUACUGGAUGAAGGCGGUGCAAUGUCUGGCUGUGCUCGACUGCCUAGUAAGUCUCGGAUUACUCAGCAGCCAGAGCGAAGGGUACACGAAGCCCGAAGUAGUUGCGGCUAGCUCUGCAAAUGGAGGAACUCCUUUCAUUGAUAUCAAAGACGGUGUACACCCGUGCGUUGCUGUAACCUAUGAAAAUGGCAAUUUCAUCCCAAACGAUGCACGCCUUGGCAUCGAUGGAAAGGGUCAAAUGGUUCUCCUUAGUGGACCAAACAUGGGCGGCAAGUCGACAUUGCUGCGCCAAACCUGUGUCCUGACCCUCAUGGCUCAAAUCGGUAGCUUCGUUCCCGCUGCAAAAUGUCGUCUUAGUCCUGUGGAUCGUAUUUUCACUCGAAUCGGUGCGUUCGAUCGCAUCCUUGCUGGUCAGAGUACUCUUUACAUGGAGCUAGCUGAGACUGCGACGAUUCUGAACCACGCAACCAGUCACUCGCUUGUUAUUCUGGACGAGUUGGGACGUGGUACGUCUACGUUUGACGGCACUGCUAUCGCAUACGCCGUUGUUGAGCACUUGCUGAGCGACAUUCAGUGUCGGACAAUGUUUGCGACGCACUAUCACACAUUAGUCGAAGAAUACGCGAGCAACGGAAAAGUAUCGCUAGGUCACAUGGGCUGCAUUGUCGACCCCGAGAAUGAUCGCAAGGUUACGUUCUUGUACAAGCUAAAGGAUGGCAUGUGUCCAAAGAGCUACGGCAUCAACGUCGCCAUGCUGGCCAAGCUUCCAGACGAAGUGAUCCAGUGUGCAGCGAAGAAAUCGGAGCAGUUUGAGCAUUCCCUACAGGCAAACUCACACUCGAAGCAAGUGAGUAGCCGAAUCGUGCAACAGGUUCAGGAAGCGCUAGCUCAAGGUGAAGCAGGUAUAGAUAAACUUCGUCAGCUGUGGGAACACGUGCGUAGCACCUGA